ACGGUCAUGGAGGGCACCCUUGAGGCCAACUGGAGCGCUGAGGUGGUCAAUGGGAGUGCGGCGCCGCCAGGGGCAGAGGGCAACCGCACGCAUGGGCCGCAGCGCAACGAGGCCCUGGCGCGCGUGGAGGUGGCCGUGCUGUGCCUCAUCCUCUUCCUGGCACUGAGCGGCAACGCGUGCGUCCUGCUGGCGCUGCGCACCACGCGCCACAAGCACUCGCGCCUCUUCUUCUUCAUGAAGCACCUGAGCAUCGCCGACUUGGUGGUGGCGGUGUUCCAGGUGCUGCCACAGCUGCUGUGGGACAUCACCUUCCGCUUCUACGGCCCUGACCUGUUGUGCCGCCUGGUCAAGUACUUACAGGUUGUGGGCAUGUUCGCCUCCACCUACCUGCUGCUGCUCAUGUCGCUGGACCGCUGCCUGGCCAUCUGCCAGCCGCUGCGCACCCUGCGCCGCCGCACGGACCGCCUGGCCGUGCUCAUCACGUGGCUGGGCUGCCUGGUGGCCAGCGCACCGCAGGUGCACAUAUUCUCCAUACGCGAGGUGGCCGACGGCGUCUUCGACUGCUGGGCGGGCUUCAUCCAGCCCUGGGGGCCCAAGGCCUACGUCACGUGGAUUACCCUCGCCGUCUACAUCGUGCCGGUCAUCGUGCUUACCGCCUGCUACAGCCUCAUCUGCUUCAAGAUCUGGCAGAACUUUCGGAACAAGACGGCGGCGGCGGAGGGGGCGGCCAAGGGGCUGGAGUGCGCGAAGGCGGGCAGUAGGGAGGGAGCGGCCCUGGCUCGAGUCAGCAGCGUCAAGCUCAUCUCCAGGGCCAAGAUCCGCACGGUCAAGAUGACCUUCAUCAUAGUGCUGGCCUUCAUCGUGUGCUGGACACCAUUCUUCUUCGUGCAGAUGUGGAGCGUCUGGGACGCCAAUGCGCCCAAGGAAGCCUCGGCUUUCAUCAUCGCCAUGCUCCUGGCCAGCCUCAACAGCUGCUGCAACCCCUGGAUCUACAUGCUCUUCACGGGCCACCUCUUCCACGAGCUCGUGCAGCGCGUCCUCUGUUGCUCCUCCAGCUACCGGAGGGGCUCUCGGCCUGGGGAGACAAGCGUGAGCAAAAAGAGCAACUCCUCCACCUUUGUCCUGAGCCGGCACAGCUCCAGCCAGAGGAGCUCCUCGCAGCUCUCCUCCCUGUGA